AAAAUAUAAUAUAUCUUCUUCGACCGCUUUCUCUUUCCCUGACGCCGGCUUUCCUCCCACUCCCUUCUAGCUCUCGAGGGACCAAGGGAAGGAAGAGGGAAAGAAGGGUCCAAUCAAAUGGCUUCUCGGCUUCAGCUUCCCAGCGACGACGCUGUAGACCUCGUCGUCACUCAUGCCAACAUAAAGAGCUUCUCCUCCCACGUUCGCUUCUCCCUCGAGACGCCGGUGGAGUCGGCAAAGGAGAAGCUCUGGAGGAAGUGCGGGACCUCCGUGGACUCGAUGCGCCUCGAGCUCUACGAUGACGCCGGAUCCAAAGUGUGCGACCUGAGCGACAAUCUGAGGCCACUUGGAUUCUAUUCCCCUCAAAAUGGGUACCGACUGCAUAUUAUAGAUCUGGACCCCUCAUCAGUAACCUCCGGUGGCUGGUUGGAUGACACUUCACUGGUGGAGAAAUAUAAAAUUUCUGAAGAAGCCUAUAAUAAACUUGAUCGAAACUUUAGGAAAUUUAAAGAAAAAAUGAUAUCUCAAAAUCCACCAAGCGGUGAAAGCAAACUAGCGGACAGUUACAUGGAGGACCUUUGUGCAAAUAUCAAGGUUGGAGAUAGAUGUGAAGUUGAACCUGGGGGAAAAAGGGGAGUCGUGAAGUUUGUUGGUCGAGCUGAGGCUUUAGGACCUGGAUUUUGGGUUGGAAUUCAAUAUGACGAACCUCUCGGAAAACAUGAUGGCAUGGUGAAAGGUAUUCGCUAUUUUCAGUGCCUGCCACAACAUGGUGCCAUACUUAGGCCGGACAAAGUCAAGGUUGGAGACUAUCCUGAGAGGGACCCAUUUGAUGAAGAAGAGAUAUAAACAAUUGCAGAGGUGUGCAUACAGCAUCUUCAGAGUCCUGUUAAAACUGCAAUCCUCAUGUAGCCUCCUUAGAAACUCUUUGAUCAUCGAAAUCUAUUUGCCUUGAGUUAUAUCCAAUCAUGCAUAACGUUGUUGUUUUGAUGAUUGAUGCAUGCCCCUGUAAUUGAAAAGCAUCACCAGGGACCUAUUUGUUUUGAAACUGUUGCCAUUGGACUGAUACCUUCACUUCUGGGAAGUGGCCAUUUUGUGAGUACUGUAUGGAUGAUAGAUGAUGAAAGUAUAUGUAAGGAUUAUAUUAUAUUUCUGGAAAAUAACUGGAUGUGACCAGUUCUUUUUCAUUGA